AUGGCUGCAAAGGAUCCUUCUUUAUCCAUCGUAUCCUCGACCAUUUCAUCGGAUACUCCGCACAUUAAGCAUCUUGUUCAAGCAUCCCAACUUUCUCUUGGUCCUGCUCCAGGUUCUAUUGAUAUUGUUCAUGCAUUGACCAGCAAGUUGGUUUCUGAUCGUCCCGAUGGACUAUUUCCUACUAUUGUAACCGACACGCAAGGCAUUGCUUUGGGUUUGUGUUAUUCUUCUUACGAGUCUAUUCUGAAGGCCUUGACCACAGGUCAAGGCGUUUAUUACUCUCGUAAUCGUGGCAUUUGGCAUAAAGGACUGACUUCUGGUGCUACUCAGCAAUUGAUCCGCAUUGAUUGGGACUGUGAUGCCGACACCCUUCGUUUCACUGUCAUUCAAACUCAUCCUGGUUUCUGUCAUCUCUCCACUCGUACUUGUUUUGGUCCAGACUCUGGCAUAUCUAAUCUGGCUGCUACCUUGACUCAUCGUCGUCUUCAUGCUCCUGCUGGUUCCUAUACAAAACGUAUAUUUGAUGAUCCUGCUUUACUGCAUGCAAAAAUCCUGGAAGAGGCUCAAGAAUUGUGCGAUGCUACAGCUCAUGAUGACAUCGCUUGGGAAGCUGCCGAUUUGAUUUAUUUUGCCAUGGCAAAAUGCAUCGCUUCUGGAGUAUCGCUAUCCGAUGUGGAGCGUCAAUUGGAUGCCAAAUCUAAAAAAAUAUCUCGUCGUCCCGGCGAUGCCAAGUGCAAAUUCGCUGAUAUGGUCGCUUCCAACAAGGAGAACAUCCCAAAUUCCGUUUCUGAAAAAACUCUUGAACCCACUCCAAAAGAAUUACUUCCAUUUACUAUGCAGGUUUACAAAGGCAAACUGUCUGCUCAAUUGUCCAAUCGUUUGAUUCAACGUCCCAUCAUCAAUACCGACGAGAUCAUGGCCAGAGUUCGUCCUAUCGUCGCCCAAGUGCGUGCUCAGGGUGAUGCUGCUCUCGUUGAAUUAACUGCAAAGUUUGACAAGGCUCAGCUAUCCAUCGACAAUUUGCUGGAACGCAGUCCGUUUGAUCCCGCAAAAAUGAUCAUUGAUGCCAACGUCAAAGCAUCCAUUGAUCUUGCCUUUGAAAAUAUCUGGAAGUUCCAUCAGGCUCAAAUGGACAAUGAACCACUUGUUGUAGAAACUAUGCCAGGUGUAGUGUGCUCUCGUAUUGCUCGUCCAAUUGAGCGCGUAGGUCUGUAUGUACCUGGUGGUACUGCCGUGUUGCCCUCAUCUACUCUCAUGCUGGCUAUUCCCGCAAAAGUGGCUGGUUGCUCUGAAAUCGUCAUUGCAACACCUCCUAGAAAAGAUGGUACCAUUUCGCCAGAAAUCAUGUACGUGGCUGCAAAGGUGGGUGCGACUGCCGUUCUCAAGGUUGGUGGUGCCCAAGCCAUUGCUGCCAUGGCGUUUGGUACUGCUACUGUCCCAAAAGUAGAUAAAAUUUGUGGUCCUGGAAACCAAUACGUGACGGCUGCAAAAAUGAUUGCCCAAUCGGAUAGUUCUGCUUUGCUUUCCAUUGACAUGCCUGCUGGACCUUCUGAGCUUCUUGUGAUUGCAGAUGCAUGUUCUGAUCCUCGUUAUGUCGUUUCCGAUCUUCUCAGCCAGGCUGAGCACGGUGCUGACAGCCAAGUCGUCUUGGUUGCCAUUGGAUUUAAACAGAACCAUCUAGACGCUCUUCAGCAGGAGCUGCGUCGUCAGGCCAUGGUUCUUCCUCGUGCCGAUGUUGUUAAACUUGCUUUGGAAAAAAGCUAUAUUCUCAUGGUCGAUACCAUGGAUGAAGCACUUGCCUUUUCAAACGAAUAUGCGCCUGAACAUUUAAUUCUGAAUGUGGACCAUGCUCGCAAUCUGGUAGAUAGGAUCAAGAGUGCCGGAUCGGUGUUUUUGGGAGCAUACUCUCCUGAAAGUUGUGGAGACUAUGCCUCUGGAACCAACCACACUCUUCCCACAUAUGGGUAUGCUCGUAUGUAUUCGGGUGUCAACACCCACACAUUCCUGAAACACAUCACAACUCAGGAAUUGACCAAGGAGGGAUUGGAUCGUCUGGGCGAUUGUGUCAUGACUCUCGCUGCUUUGGAACAAUUGGAAGCACAUCGCAAUGCAGUUGCUAUUCGUCUGAUGGAUAUUCGUCGCAAAUAA